CAAAGCUCUCACACAUCUCAGUUCAUAGAUUUUAAAUCCAGACAAGACUGCGGUCCUGUUGAAAGAGAGCUUUGUCCUUCUGCCUGAUCCAACCAGCCGACAUGGAGUUCAACGUCUCUGGGCUUUACAUCUCUCAGAGAUCUGCAAAUUUCAGUGGUGAUAUAACCAUCUAUGAGAGCUGCAAAGACAUGCCAGGAGUUCUUAUCUGGUAUUUCAGCCUGCAGUUCACCAACAUGUUCCUGGGCAUCCCGGCCAACAUCACAGUGCUGUGGCUCAUCCACAAGAACAAGAGAGACUCCUCCACCUCGGAUAUUUUCAUUGUUCACCUGGCAGUUCUUGACGUGCUGUUCUGUCUCAUCCCUCCGCUGGAGCUGGCCAGCAUCGUUUUCCUCACCACCAGAAGCACCUGGUACGCCCUGCGCUUCUUCUACGGCAUAAAAGACUUCUCUCCGCUCUUUCUGUCCUGCAUCUGCCUGGACCGUUACAUCGCCGUGAUCCACCCCAUCUUCUUCACCAGGCUGAAGGACCAUCCGUACAGGCCGGCGCUGGCCGUCCUGGUUUGGCUCAUUAUUCUGGCCUACUCUUCAGCUAAAUGUGUUGGAAACAUUGUGCAUUUUGAACUGGUCUUCACAGUGAUGAUCCUCUCAACGUUUGCUUUCAUGGUGUUUUGCAACAUAGUGAUUCUCUGGGCCCUGAAGCAGUCCAGGCCCGGCCAGGACGCAAAGCAUCCGGUGAAGAAGAGAGCCUUCAACAUGGUUCUGAUAAUCCUGGCCAUCAUUGUCUUCAACUACUUCCCUCCUGUUGCACUGCUCCCCUUUCAAGAAUACUUCUCUAAAGACGUAUUUCGCUGCUAUAUACACUAUGUCGCUUUUGGCUUGAUGGACUUAAGCAGCACCAUUCAACCUAUGCUUUAUCUAUCCAAGGAAAAGUUCCCAUGGAGACUCAACUGCUGCAGAACCACAACCAACGAGACACAAACAAAUUCAGUCUCACGGGAGAUUUGGUGCUUAUCCCAGCAGUCACAGAACGUCAGCGAGGGAUUAUUCUGAAGAAACAAGCGGGUUACAGAACACAACGAAGAACAGGAGAGGCAUGCAUUUCCAAUUUGCCUGUGCAAAAACACAAAACAGAACCAUUUUUGAUUGCAAUGACAUAAAUGUGCAACAGUAAAUCACAAGCAAUCAAAACAGUUCCCUGUACUUUGCAAAAAUAUUGAUUCAUCAAUUAUUUCUUUUUAUUGUGUACCAGGAACUCCUUUUAAUCUUUCAAAUUUGUCUUAAACAGUUAUUCUGGCUUUCCUGAGUCUUCUUUGGACUUUAACUGAUUGUUACUCAGUCCAGUAUGACAGGUUCCUAAGACACUCUGCCUUGUUCUAUAAAUCAUUCAGGCAUUUAAACAUUUCUAAACAUAAGGAAUGAAUGUAAAAGUGCAAUUUUUUUAUUGGAUCCUCAGGCGGUUUUGUAAAUUUCAACCCAUCACAAAGGCAGAAUGCUUCAGCUAUUUCUUGUGCUAAAUUUGUAUAAAAAUGAAUAAAGUGGCAAUUUUCCACAGACACAAAUAUGUAGCUUAAAAUAUGUUAGAUAUAGUAAAUAAUCAACUGAAGAAUGAUGCGUCUCUCAGUUUCUGUUUUAAGUUUUUCAAAGAAAAAUGAAAAAUCUGUCAAAGUCCAAAGAAGAACUUCCAAGAGGAAGUGUGGAGAGGCACGUAUCCAUAGAGUCUUCUUUAUGGAAAGAAUAGACGAAGAAUAAUAUAGACUUUUAACAAAUAUCAACAUUCUGUGAUCGAAAAUAUGGAACUAUUUACUGGCUUCCAUUGUUUCAUGAAGAGACUCUAUAAAUGGUUCUUUUAUACUUCAGAUCAAAUACUUCUGAAAUCUUUACACAAUCUCUGAUAUUAUUCUAUAUCUGCUUUUCAACAAAAUAUGUUAUAGGUCAAUACAUGUAAAAAUUUCCAUACUGUAAUUACUAAUAUCAACGUUAACUCAGGAGGAUUUUGGGACUAUUUUUUGACAUGAACAGAAGCAAGGAGAUGCUAAUUUCUGUCAGCAGGAAUGUUGUUAGCUUAGCUCUGUUAUAAAGAAGGACAUGAGUAAAAACAACACAGCUCAAACCAAACCCCCAACUUAUAGUUCCUGUGUAGCACUGCAGCGUAGCUAGCUCAUACAAGACAUAAGAAAAGUGGAAGUGUCGUUUUUAUAAUACGUUGUUCAGUAUUUUAGGUAACACAAAGUAUGCUGUAAAGCACAAUUUUAUAACUCUUAUGUGUUGAAUAAAUGUUGAUUUUUUUGGUUCAUAUUAUGUUAAGAAGAAGCAAGUGACCCAUGCUGUGGAGAAAUAUGCAUUUAAAAACUGUAUUAUUCUGAUUUUUGGAUGUAUUAUAUAAAUCCAAUUAAAAAACCCAAUGCUUGCCUUUUUUCUGAGAGUGAACUGUGCUGCAGAGAUCGGCACAAAGCCAUUUUCUAGGACUGGUUGUAAAAUGGAGCAGGUUUUCACUGUCGAAGAUGUAGCUUCAGCCUUCUGUAAUGUUAUUGUUUUUGACAUUGUACUUAUUUUCUUGUUUGCUACUUAUCAAGAUCUUAUAUGUCCUCACAAGGCCAGUUGAGGCAGAAUGUACUGAUAAAACCCAUUAACAAACUGUUUCUGCAUUCAAUCUUAAAAUGAAUUAACAUUGAACAUCUUUCACGUUUAUGUAAUUUGGCAGAGUACAAAUAAAAACUGUCCCAUAUGCGGGGGCUGCGGUCGGUUGUUUGAUUUCUGACCCUUGGUUAUUUGCUGCACAUUUUCCCGUUUUUCGUCUGAGCCUUUCUUGCUGUUAAGCAACUAAUAAAUAAAAGCUUCUA